CAUUGAUUCGUCAGACUUCGGAUAGCCUGUGUAUAGCUACGUAUAACUCCUCCCCUCGUACCUACCCAGACUAUACUGUGUCAUGUUCCCCAGGACGUGACAGACGCUACCCUAAAGUUUUCAUCUGCUGGAAAUGAUUUCACAACAGAAAGCUCUAUUCUCUGGAAGGUGACGCUAUUGAAUAUGUCUAGCCCAGAUCUCAAAACCUUGUUUCAUUAUAACCAUAACCGCCCUAAAUCAACUCCCAUAAUUGUUAACACGACAUCGGGCUUUCCUGACAAAAGUGGUGACCCUGUCAUUAGCCAAAAUCAUGUGCCACAGAAGGACACCAGCUUCUCCACACAUCAGCAUUCGUUGGUGGACGUAGCCCGCACACCGUCCUCCGGAUCGAGCUCCCACGAGAAUGAGAACGAAUCAACACCACUUCUUGGGAAUAGUGAUUCCGGAAACAGUGGUAUUUUCAUGCAGGAGCUGAAGGGGGAUUUCAAAGAGAAUAUCGGCAGCUACUUGCGGUUAAGCAACUACAAACAAAUAUUACAUCAUGUCAAGAUCGCGAUACUACUUGUACUUACCGUCGUUUUCUGUGCUAUUAUUACUGCUCAUGACGAGACGGGCGAGAAGUUUUGGAUAACAUCCGUUGACAGCACCAAACCUACAGUAUCAACAUCCCAUCAAGCUGACGGAGUCAUGAAGCUGACAUUAGACGGUCCUAUAAAUGCGAAAGAGGAAAGGGAUCCGAACAAGACGUAUUCCUUUAUCACUGUAGAUAUCCUCAGUAAUAAGAGUUCUGUAGUACUAGACACCAAGAGAUGGGAGAUCAAUAAUGCUAUGCUACUACAGGAAGAGACCGAGGAGGUGGAACACAAAUUCUCUAACGUCAGUGAAACGGAAACUGUCAGUCUACGAUUUACUACCAACUCCUCUGAGAGUUUUGCCGUCAGAUGGAAACUGCACGUGACACGUAACGAGGAAAUUAUUGUCGCAGCAAUCAUUCUGGCUUUCGUCUACGUUCUUAUCAUAUUUGAGCUUGUCCACAGGACCAUUGCAGCUAUCAUCGGUUCUUUGGCGGCUGUUGCUGCCCUGUCAUAUUUUGAAAAGCGUCCAUCCUUGGAAGUGAUCAUAUCCUGGAUAGAUAUGGAGACACUCAUGCUGCUCUUUGGAAUGAUGAUACUUGUAGCCAUAUUUUCCGAAACAGGAUUCUUUAAUUUCUUUGCCCUGAAGGCGUAUAAGAUAGCGAAGGGCCAGGUCUGGAGCCUCGUUACAUUGCUGUGUAUAUUCAGUGCCGUGGUGUCUGCAUUUCUUGACAAUGUUACAACAAUCCUUCUUCUUACGCCAGUAACCAUCAGGCUUUGUGAGGUGCUGAACCUCGACCCUAAAAACAUACUGAUAGCCGAGGUUUUGUUCUCCAACAUUGGGGGGACAGCUACUGCUGUGGGUGACCCACCUAACGUCAUCAUUGUUUCCAACAAGGAAAUGUCCGCUAAGGGUAUCGACUUCGCUGAAUUCACACUUCACAUGACAGUAGGCAUAGUCUUUGUAGCGAUCGCGGGGUACGCGGCACUACGUUUUUAUUACCGAAAUAUGGACUCUCUACAAAAUAAGGACCCUCCCGAAAUAGCAGAGCUGAAACACGAGAUUGAUCUGUGGAAGAAGGCCGCCGCCAGAGUGUCGGUUGCGACCAGAGAAGAGAGUAUCAUGAAGGCACUAUUCAUGCAGAAGUCAGCCCAACGAGAAAACAGCCUUGUACGGCGACUCUAUAGAAUAAAGCGUUCGGAGAUUAAAGACUUCCAGCAAAAUGUCCAGGAUCUGGAAAGAAAGUAUUUCAUCACGGAUCAAUGGCUGCUGGUGAAGAGUAGUUUUAUCCUCGCUGUGGCCAUCCUCUUUUUCUUCUUGCAGUCUUUUGUGGGCGGGAUACAUCUCAAUAUAGGAUGGGUAGCCGUGAUGGGAGCUAUUUUGUUGAUUGUACUUGCUGACAUCGAAGAUAUGGAAAAUACAUUACAUAAAGUGGAAUGGGCGACUCUCAUAUUCUUUGCGGCACUCUUCGUUUUGAUGGAAGCCCUGAAGGAGCUCCAACUGAUUGAUUGGAUCGGGGACAAGGUCAGUGACGUCAUCAAGAGUGUGGACGAGGGCCAGAGACUGACCGCCGCCGUCAUGGUCAUCCUUUGGGUGUCUGCAUUUGCGUCCAGCUUUAUAGACAACAUUCCCUAUACUACGGCUAUGAUACCUGUGUUGAUCCAUUUGGAGGAAGAUCCAGACCUCAAUCUCGACAUAUUGCCACUCACCUUCGCCUUGGCGUUCGGCGCCUGUCUUGGAGGUAAUGGCACUCUGAUCGGAGCAUCAGCCAACGUAGUGUGUGCUGGUAUAGCAGAACAGCAUGGGUAUGGCUUCACAUUCCUCGAGUUCUUCAAGGUCGGGUUCCCGAUGAUGAUAGUAACCAACAUUGUGGCGAUGGCGUACCUAGCAGUGUGCCACAUCGCCUUUGAAUGGCACUAACUUAGUGAUGUGGACAAUUAUGUUCUCGACUUUGGAAUAAUUUAGACAAAUAAGGAGUAUGCUGUCCAGAUUACUCGUGUCCUGGACGUAUUUUGAGAUUAGUUAGCUCAUAUGUUGUGGAAAUAAUACGUCAUCUGAAUAUAAUUGAUUAAGUUAUACUUUGCUGAGAAUAUUUUUUGCACAAUAAUACUCGAUAUACAUAUUUAUAUUGAAUGUCUGUGAGAACUGCUGUCCUCAAUAUUUCAAUACAUAUAAAUAUGAGAGAGAGAGAGAGAGAGAGAGAGAGAGAGAGAGAGAGAGAGAGAGAGAGAGAGAGAGAGAGAUCUUAUAUGUGACCUUGACCGUUAUAUAGUAUUCUUUUAUAUAAAUACGAAGUUGGGGAAGGGGAGGAGGUUAUUCGUCUGUAGACACAACGAAGUACUGGCUACUCCUCCUAAACUACUGAGGGAAUUCCAAUGAAACUUCCUGGCAAUAAUACUUACACAUUGUAAAUAUGAGUAACAUAUAGCAGGUUAAAUGAUCUCCCCUUUUUUGUACAUUAGUAACCUUUUUUCUUCUCCAGAACUCGAGUAUUUUAACGACUUAAUUCAAAACUUCGGAGGAAGGUUUAUUGCGAUAUUUACUCGCAUGUUUUUACGGAAUCACGGCCCAUUGUAGAUUUUCCGAAACGGUUUCCGCUCAAUAACUUCAACAUAGACUGUAUGGCAAAUACUUCAUCAAGAGAAAAAAUGAUGAGCUAUUAUGGUUUUCAACAAUGUGUGCAAUCGCCAAUCCAUCGAAAGGGAUGGCUAUUGGAUCAUAUUUACAUAAACUGACCACCACAAGGAAUUAUUAUAGACAUUACUCAUAGAUACAAGUUAUCACUUUUCAUAUCAGCUGCCAUCCCAUGGAUAAAUGUCACAUUGACAAUUCAAAUGCAAGCAUUAUGAUUAUAAUUGCUAAAUUAUCAACUUCGUAAGACAUACAAAAACGAUGAUCAUCUUUUAAACAACUAAGCUGAAUAUAUAUAUCAGAAAUUAUUUGGGUAUGAAUUGGCCCCCCGGACGACAGUUCUAGUUUCAUCAAAAGUAGGGUGUUAGAAAUAUCCAUGUGUGUUUUAGAAGUUUAUACUUUCACUAUUGUUGAUUAUAAACUUUAGUCGCUUGAACCCUCGCCAACACGUAUGACGCAUGCGUAUCUAUGCUCUUUCACUAAUGAGUCUUUCAGUAUUCAGGCUAUAUCUGUUAUGUCGCCAGAGAUAUCCAGGAAAUGUGCCAUAUUUAGUGCUGUUUACUAUUUAUUAACAUCAUUAGCUUGAUCUCCUGAUGCUCAACUAGUCGACAGUAUGUAUAAGAUCCGUAGUUGUUACAGGUAAAGUACUUGUCUGUCACAAUGGAUAUCGGAUAUGUUUCUUAACAUGGCCACGACAUCAAAACAUGUAAAUUAUUUGUGUCAUGGCGCAUAAUUUUUCAAUGUUGCUUUUAAGUUUAAUUUUACUUACACAAAUACCUAAAAUUGUUAUUAUAGGGUCUAGAUUGUGAUUCUGUACUGUCGUUAUUACUACUUGACAAUUGAAAUUGUUAUUAUAUAUAUAUUUUUUUUUUUUUUGUAUGUAUAUUUUUUUUUUUGAAAAUAAAAUCCUUUGUUGUCAGCGAUAGAUGAUAAAUAAUUCGUUAGGUCUUAUAUAAUUCAUACAAUUACGAUAUAUUCUCAUGGUAUGUGUAGUUAGAAUGUUGUGAAGUUUACCCCUAAAUCACCAUUCAUUCGUCCAUUUCGUUAUUCCUCCAAAAUUGAAUAGUUACCAGGUACAUGGUUAUGAAUAUCAAUACAGAAAAAGACAUUAUACUUGUCGUAAAGAAAAAGAAGACAUUCUAAAAUAGACACAACCAAUUUAUGCAACUAGUUGAUUAUGUAAAUGACUCCAGUCUAGUACACAAAGCAAAAUGUAUGCAGAUAUAUUAUGACAAUGGUUAUAAACUUAAUGAUCUGUGUUUGUGAAAAGAGAAUAAAAUGAAUUUGAAUUUGUGUAGGUUACGGAAGGAUUUAAUAAAUUGUUCAUUGGUGUAUUGUGAUGUCAGUUACGAAAUGUACAUGUAGUUUACGUUUAGCAGAAUUUCGUGCAAUGCUUUACUGUAAAGACAUGUGCGUUCAAUAUAUAUUCAUAUUUUUCUUGGUGCAUACGAUUUAUAUAUAUAUUUUUUUUUAUCUUGCGCAAUAAAUGCUUGCCGUGUUUUUCGCCCUGUGAACAGACAGUGGUCAAAGAAUGUAAUUAUCUGGUAUAUGUGUUUCAUGCAUGAAUUAUGACUAAAUUGUGAUUAUCGAUGUUUUAAUGUAUAAAAUAUCUUACUCCCGCUUUUCCGUUUCAAAAAGAAUAAAUUUGAACAGAAAUUGUA